AUAGGUGUGGUUAAAACAUUCAAAUUGAAAGUGAAAGCAGCUCAGUUUUACACGAAGCCUGUCCUUCAUGCUUCGUUCGGUUGUGUUUCCCUCUCCUUGUCCAUUUGAAGAGCAUUUACACAAGUAAUCAUGUCUUCAGUGAAGGUUAUGCUUGUAGUUUCUCUCUUCAUCCCUGCUGUGAGGCUCAAUUCAGAUUUGUUUGAAUUGGAAUGUCUACCUACAGUUGGAAUUUUUGCUCAGACCACAACUAUCAAAUGCGUUUUCAAAGACAUCAGCAAUAUUAACAUGGUUGCAGUUUCUUUAAGAAAAGCUGAACAGAACAAGACAUGUUUUACUGAAGAAAAAUCAAGAAGAUCAGGAGAGCCACGCUUUAGACUUGAAAACUUCAAAGCGGGUCCAUCUCUGACAAUCUCAAACACAAUGUUUUCUGAUGAGGGCAAAUACGUGUACCGUGUUUUAACGAACAGUGGUGAUAAAGAAGUACAACUUAGCAUCAGUGUCGAAGCGAAGUACAAAAAUCCCGUCACAAGCACAUGGCCUGAACAUGUAACAGAUGGAGGACCUGUCAGCCUUUACUGCAAUGCUACUGACGGAUACCCAGAAGGCUUCAUCCAUUGGUUUGACCGUUCUGGAACCAACUGGACAGUGAAUUCAGAGCUGACAAAAGCCCCCAAGGACAUCAGCGGUGUAAAAUCUGUGGCUUUGUCUAGCAAACUGGCUUUCAAGACUAUCAACUUGGACCUGGCACCAUUUAGAUGCAUCGUCUUUAAUAGCAAAUACGAACAAGAUGGAGACAACACACUGGAGAUCACAUCUGCAAGAAGUGAUGUUAACGAGCAUUCUUCCGGAUCUAAUACAACAAACAUUGUCGCUGGUGUGAUGGUCAUUGGAUCGCUUAUUGUCGGCCUGCUGUUUGCUCUGUUGUGUUUCAGAAAAGGAAGAGCUAAAGGUUAUGAAUCAGGAAGGCCUGAUGAGGAUGAUCUGGAAAAUGGUGACAGCAGUCUUGAGAAGCCUCAGCAGUAGAAACUGAAACUAUAAGCCUUGAUUUUCAUACUGAGGUCAGUGCAGCAGCCAUUUGACUGAAACAAAAGUGAAGCCAUGAGGAAAAUGGCAGCUGUUGGAGUAAUGACUGACUUAAUCAGUUCUCUUUGCAUUUACAAUCAAAUGUGGGUUUAGAGAUAAUGUACACUAAUAACUGUCAAAUUGAUGUCUACAUCAAUGUUUUAUUACAUUUAUCUACACAGAGAUUUAUUAAAGAGUUACUUGGAGAGUCACUGAAAAUAGGAAAAAUUUCUUUUUUUUUUUUGGCUGUCAAGGUUAAUGUAAAAUUGGUUAAAUAUGUCAAUGACUUUAUAACAGUAACCAGCUUAUACAAACAAUAACAAGCAAUGUUAUUACUGUUUCUUUUUUCUUAAACCUGGUCAGAAAUCACAAAUCAUUAUUCAAGGUUACUUUAACAAAUUUAACAAAAUGACAGCUAUAAUUUCCAGCAAUAGGAAUAAUAUCCAAAUCUAAAUCUACUUUUAUAAAAACUGUUUUGUUACUGGGAAAUGUCUGUCAAUAUUAGUAACAAUAUUAAUGCUUAUUAAGUAAGCAUUAUACAAAUAUAUCUGAAUUAAAUUUAGCUUCUCAGCUUUCUACAUCAAACAUUCAUAAUGUUAAUGCACAUAAAAUUUUAUGCAAUUGUGUCUGUACUGCUGCGAUUGGAUCACUGGUCACUAACGCUUCACCUCAAUGAUAAUUCACCUUUAAUUUUCAGAUUCUAUUCAUUUAAAAGUGAAGUGAAUGAUGCAUGAUUUCUAGUGUGGAGAUUUUUCAGCAAGUACAGCAACUGUGAAUAAAACUAUGUACAAAUAAGAGGAACAGUUUCUGUUAAUACAAGGAAUGCUGUGGUUUUGAAGUAGGAGGGGUCAGGAUCAAGGAUGUGUGUGUUUUCUCUCUUGAUUUGGAAUAAAACUAAGAAAGAUAUGCAUGUUUGUAAAAUGUAACCUGCGGCGAGAGCUUGAAUCUUUGAGCACUUUUGUAUUUCUUGUUUUGUUUUUAACCUUACUGUAAUAAAAAAAAAAAAGACAUUUUGUCUUCUUGCUAUCUUGUUAAAAACAUGAGGCAGUGGGGUAUCUUCCAUGGAACAAUUUAUAACAUUCUAGUAGUUUUACAGUAUAACUAACUGACCUAGUUUCUUUUUAGACCUAGUUUUUUAAUGGUUAUUUGGUAACCCCUUGACAAAUAAGGUCUCAUAUGUUAACUUAAAUUAAUGCAUUGUCUAUUGAUAAUACUAAGAGUUAAUAAUACAGAACAGCGUAAAUGAGUACACCCUUUCUGAAUAUAAACACAUACUGCAUUUCUAUUUCUUAAUUAUCACUGUUACCCUACAAUUUGUGGGCCGAUCAACAUUUAAAUAUUUUAAACAUACUUAAUAAAAAGAGAAAUAUCAUAAUUUUCGAAUUAAGUAAAUUAGGCAAUUUUGCUUAAAUGAAGGGUUGCAAAGAUGAGUUACACCCUCGAUUCAAUGCAACAUGUCUUUGUUUGUAUUUGAAUGGAGCUUAUGUAUUUUUUCAGUCCUGAUAAAGGUAUGUUUACAAACGUGUUGGCAUAAUAAAGGACUGGUUUUCCUUUUUACUCUUUUAUUUCUCUGUUCCACAAGUGUUGCUAGCUAAGUACUUUUAAUUUUCCAAUGUACCUUGUUGGUUUUGUGAAGCUGCACCAGAAUAACUUCUCAAGACAUGUUGAAAAAAGUGACAAACAAUUCAGAAAAUGAGAUGAGGGUAGCAUCUUCUGUUUUAAAAUUGUGCAUUACAUCUGUGAAUCCAUUAACCAUUGGUAAAGCACAAUUCCCCCACACUUUCUGGACUCAGAAAUGCCUUUAUAAGAACUUUACUACCACCGGACUUCACUGUGGGAACCGGGAACUUCUGACUGUACUGCUCCCCUGGGUGCUGUUAGAUCCAAAAUGAUUGACUUGGCUUCAUGAGACCAGACUGUGGAUUUUUCAGAAACUUCAUUUUGUUAAUAUGAGCUUUAGAAAAGGCUGAAUACAUUUCUUUUGAUUUGUUCACAGGUACUUCCCGUAUAAAAACAAAACAAAAACAAAAAACAUUUCACUGCUGGGUCUGACUGUGUUAGAUGAAACAGUCACUCAGCUCAUAGCUUUUGCCAGCUUUGAAACACUUGUCUGCCAUUUUCCUGUUCUUAUCUGAAAAUGAAAGCUUGACUAAUUUAGCUCCCUAUUGUCUUUUUGUCUAUCUAUUGUUUUCACUUCUUUAUUUUGUUAUCUGUGUUUUGUCACAUGUCAUCCUGUCUGUGACCUGGAAGCUUCUGUCGCCAAGACAAAUUCCGUGUGUGUGUAAGCACACUUGGCAAUAAAGCUCUUUCUGAUUCUGA